GGAGAGACUGAAGACUUUGCCCCCUUGGGUCAUGGUUGGUACUACAAACGGUGAAUUGGGGUCGUGGUGCGUUUGCCACAGUGGACAGAUGGGACUGUGGAAGUUGACACUAAUAAUUUUGUUGCGUGUAUAAAUUUGUUUGAGGUUUCUGUGUGAGGUUCAAACCUCAAACUUCAAAAGGGUGUGUGCAGAGUGGAGAAUCAAUGGAAGGGUUCAAGCAUCUUGUGGUUGUCAAGUUUAAGGAAAAUGUGGCGGUGGAGGAGAUUGUGAAAGGAAUGGAAAAGCUGGUUUCAGAGGUCGAUGCUGUCAAGUCCUUUGAAUGGGGUCAAGACAUCGAGGGUCAAGAGAUGCUUAGACAAGGCUUUACCCAUGCCUUCGUGAUGACAUUCGACAAGAAAGAAGACUACACUGCAUUUGUCAGCCAUCCCAGCCACGUUGAAUUCUCUGCUACAUUUUCAACAGCCAUCGAGAAGAUUGUGCUGCUUGAUUUUCCAUCUGUUCUUGCCAAGGCUCCAGCAUGAUCCUGAAAAUCUUUCAGCAAUAAAAAGCUACCCAGGAAAUUAGUAUUUUGACUAUUUGUAUGCUUAUCUCUCUUGUAUGAAUGCAUCAGCAUUUAUCUGCUUUUGUGUUAUGGCUUGCCAUUUCUGUCAAUUUCCAAACAAUCUCAAUUUGUAUUAUUAAUAUGCAUCACAGACAUUUAGCUUGCUGAUUAAUGGACCGGUAGCUGAUUGCUGAACUGAGGAAUCAUAGAAUCCUUUUCACUGCA